AUGGAAGAAGUCCCCAAAGUACCAAAUCUCGUAGCUACGACCGGCGAGACCUAUUGCACAACAAUAGCGAAAUCCAGAAUCCGCGAAAGCAUCCCCCACAACGGCGAAGGUUGCGAUACUGGCAGCGAAACCAGAGAUGUGUUCUCAGAGGAAGACGAAGAGCUCAAUUACUUCAAAUCAGCUCAAUGGACAUCGGACGGAACCAGCCUCCUCACCUCGAGCGCCGACAACACAAUCCGAACCUUCAUUCUCCCUCCAGACCUGCUCUCCGAGCCCUCCGCACCCAAAUCCAUCACUCCCUACUCAAAACACACGUACCCUACCGCCAUAAACUGCCUCACACCCUACCCACUAUACGAUCUAUCCGACCCAAGCACAACCCUUUAUCUCUCCGCCCCAACCUCACUCCCCAUCCGUCUCACGAAUGCCCUCUCUCCAUCUCCAAUCGCAGUCUCGACCUACAACCUCGUCUCCCCCACCACUGAAACGUGGCAAACCCCCGCCUCCAUCCUGUGGUCUGCACCCGGCCAUUUCCUAACCGGCACCGAUUGCUUGAUUUGUGUCUUCGACGUAUCACGCAAUGGCGAGGGACCAGUUACAAGGUUACCUACCAUUCCAUCAAAACGACAUCUGAUGAAAGGAGGCGGUGUCGGUAUUCGAGGAAUCGUGUCUGCGCUGUCUCAACAAUCGGCGGAGGGCAUGAUAGCUGCGGGGACUUGGACCAGAUCAAUAGGUCUCUACGACGCUGGUGGGAUGGGCGGUACUGUUUCGGUGUGGAAUAUCGCUGAGGCGGCAGAUGAGAUCGCGAGUAUUGGAGGAACAGGGAUCACGCAAACGGUGUGGAGUGACUGCGGCAGGUAUCUUUGUGUGGUUGAGAGGAAGAGUAACGGAGUUCUGGUUUAUGAUGUUAGGGUUACGGGAAAACUUGUUUCUUGGUUAGAAGGGAGAGGCGCGUACACGAACCAGAGGCUGGGUGUGGAUGUCUUUGCGACGGAGAAGGGAAUGGAAGUUUGGGGUGGGGGAGCAGACGGUGUUGUGGGGGUUUGGGAGGGUGUUGGUGUGGUUGAAGGGAGUCAGGAGAGGGCUUGGGAGUGGAGAGCUCAUGAUGGUUCAACUGCUAUGCAUCCGUCUGGCUCAGUUGUUGCUACUUGCUCUGGCCAGCGCGGUAGGCUAGGUCUGGAGGAUGAUAGCGACGAUGAGAGCAGCGAUGAUAGUCAUGAAGACUCUGAUUCUAGUUCUGAAUCCGAAUCUGAUGACGCUUCAUCGCCAGCUACUUCUUCACCUUCUUCGGAUGUAGACAAUAGUCUGAAAAUAUGGAGUAUAUAA